UAGCAGCAUGUCUCGGCGCAAGCAGGCCAAGCCACAGCACCUCAAGUCGGACGAGGAGCUGCCGCCGCCGGACGGGGCUCCCGAGCACGGCGCCCCCGGGGACCGCGCGGAGGCGGCGGACGGCGGCCCCGAGGCCCGCGGCGGUGAGCAGACCAGCGUGUGUGAGCACUGCUGCGCAGAGUUCUUCAAGUGGGCCGACCUGCUGCAGCACAAGCAGAGCUGCACCAAGAACCCACCGGUGCUGAUCGUGCAGGACGAUGAGCCCGCGCCGCCCUCCGAGGACUUCCCCGAAGCGUCUCCGGCCAGCUCCCCCAGCGAGCACACGGAGAGCGAGGCCGCCGAGGAGGAGGGCGCGGAGGGCGAGGCGCGGCCGGCCGGCAGGGAGGCCCGCGAGGCGGCGGCGGAGGCAGCGGACGCCGAGCCCAUGGACGUGCAGCCCCCGGCGGAGCAGGGCUGUGCCGGCCCCGGCGCCCCGAGCGCGGCCCGGCCCGCGCCCACCCCGGCGCCCGCACCCGCAUACAGCAUGCCCAGCACCAACGUGACGCUGGAGACGCUGCUCAGCACCAAGGUGGCGGUGGCACAGUUCUCCCAGGGCGCACGGGUGGCAGGCGGCGCAGGCGCCGGUGGCGGCGUGGCUGCGGCGGCGGUGCCCAUGAUCCUGGAGCAGCUCCUGGCCCUGCAGCAGCAGCAGAUCCACCAGCUGCAGCUCAUCGAGCAGAUCCGCAGCCAGGUGGCCCUGAUGCACCGCCAGCCCCUGCGUCCCUCACUCAGCCCCGCUGCGGCCCCAAGCACGCCUGCGCCAGCCUCCAGCCAGCUGCCCGGGCUAGCUGGGGCCCCCGCCCUGCCGCUCUCAGCCGCCAACCCCGGCACCGCCGCCCCCGCGGCCUUCGAGGGCCCACAGCCCCUGCCACGGCCCACAUCGGGUGCCAGUACCCCCGGCGGCCCUGCGGUGCCCCCAGAGCCUGGCGCACCCGUGGCCCCCAGCACCGCCCCAGGCCCCGGCGCCCCGCAAUCCCCGAACGCCACCACGCCCCCGGCCCUGGGCCCCGCACCGCCACCACCGGGAUCGGCCCCCAGCCUGCCAAGCUCACUUCUACCUCACACCUCCUCGAGCAGCGUCAUCUUCCCCAACCCGCUGGUCAGCAUCGCAGCCACGGCCAAUGCCCUGGACCCCCUGUCAGCCCUUAUGAAGCAUCGCAAGGGUAAACCCCCCAACGUGUCGGUGUUCGAGCCCAAGGCCAGCGCCGAGGACCCCUUCUUCAAGCACAAGUGCAGGUUCUGCGCCAAGGUCUUCGGCAGCGACAGCGCGCUGCAGAUCCACCUGCGCUCGCACACGGGCGAGCGCCCCUUCAAGUGCAACAUCUGCGGAAACCGCUUCUCGACCAAAGGCAACCUGAAGGUGCACUUCCAGAGGCACAAGGAAAAGUACCCCCACAUCCAGAUGAACCCCUACCCCGUCCCAGAGUACCUCGACAACGUGCCCACCUGCUCGGGGAUCCCCUACGGCAUGUCGCUGCCCCCGGAGAAGCCUGUGACCACCUGGCUGGACAGCAAGCCCGUGCUGCCCACGGUGCCCACCUCGGUGGGGCUGCAGCUGCCUCCCACAGUCCAGGGCGCCCAUGGCUAUGCCGACUCCCCUAGCGUCACCCCCGCCAGCCGCUCCCCGCAGAGGCCCUCCCCCGCCUCCAGCGAGUGCACCUCCUUGUCCCCUGGCCUCAACAACCCUGAGUCAGGCAUCCUCGUGGCUGCUGAGUCCCCGCAGCCGCUGCUCAGCGCGUCUCUGACCAAGACGGAGCCGCUGGGCCUGCCGGGCACCGCCGCGAGGGCAGGUGACGCCCCCGCCGGAGCCCCGGCCAGCUCCGCACCUACGUCCACCGCCAGCGCGGCCGGCCCAGCCGCGGACAGCGUGUCUGCUAGCCUGGGCAGCCCCGGGCUCCCCGCGGUCUCCGACCAGUUCAAGGCGCAGUUCCCUUUCGGGGGGCUGCUGGACUCCAUGCAGACGUCGGAGACCUCGAAGCUGCAGCAGCUAGUGGAGAACAUCGACAAGAAGAUGACGGACCCGAACCAGUGCGUCAUCUGCCAUCGCGUGCUGAGCUGCCAGAGCGCGCUCAAGAUGCACUACCGGACGCACACCGGGGAGAGGCCGUUCAAGUGCAAGAUCUGCGGCCGCGCCUUCACCACCAAAGGCAACCUGAAGACGCACUUCGGCGUGCACCGCGCCAAGCCGCCCCUGCGCGUGCAGCACUCCUGCCCCAUCUGCCAGAAGAAGUUCACCAACGCCGUGGUCCUGCAGCAGCACAUCCGCAUGCACAUGGGCGGGCAGAUCCCCAACACGCCGCUGCCCGAGGGCUUCCAUGACACCAUGGACUCGGAGCUCGCCUGCGACGAGAAGAGCACGGAGACCCUGAGCGGCUACGACGACGACCUGGACGACAACUCCAUGGAGGAGGACGCGGAGCUGAAGGACUCGGCCAGUGACGCCGCCAAACCGCUGCUGUCCUUCGCAGGGUCCUGCCCACCCUCGCCGCCCUCUGUCAUCUCCAGCAUCGCUGCCCUGGAGAACCAGAUGAAGAUGAUGGACUCGGUCAUGAACUGCCAACAGCUGACCGGUCUGAAGUCCGUGGAAAACGGGUCAGGGGAGAGUGACCACUUGAGCAACGACUCCUCGUCUGCUGUAGGCGACCUGGAGAGCCACAGUGCUGGCAGCCCUGCGCUGUCCGAGUCCUCGUCCUCACAGCCGCUGUCCCCUGCCAACAGCAACGGGGAGAGCUUCCGUUCCAAGUCUCCAGGCCCGGGCGCCCAGGAAGACCCACAGGAGAUGGUCCUCAAGACUGAAAGGCCAGACAGCCCAUCCCCAGUCCCAGGAAACGGAGGUGCCCUGGACCUGACAGCUGGCCCUCCCUGCCGGCCAGCCAUCAAGGAGGAAGCCCCCUUCAGCCUGCUGUUCCUGAGCAGAGAGCGGGGUAAGUGUCCGAGCACUGUGUGUGGUGUCUGUGGCAAGCCUUUUGCUUGCAAGAGCGCGCUGGCGAUCCACCUCCGCAGCCAUACCAAGGAGAGGCCCUUUGUCUGCGCGGCCUGCGGGCGCGGGUGCUCCACUAUGGGUAAUUUAAAACAGCACUUGUUGACGCACAGAUUGAAAGAGCUGCCUUCUCAGGUGUUUGACCCCAACUUUGCUCUAGGUCCCAGCCAAAGCACUCCUAGCCUGGUCUCCAGCUCUGCGCCCCUGAUCAAAAUGGAGGUGAACGGCCACAACAAGGCCAUCGCACUGGGCGAGGGCCCACCGCUGCCAGCGGGAGUCCAGGUCCCCGCAGGGCCUCAGACAGUGAUGAGCCCGGGCCUCACAUCCAUGCUGGCCCCCCCGCCACGCCGGACACCCAAGCAGCACAACUGCCAGUCCUGCGGGAAGACCUUCUCCUCAGCCAGCGCCCUGCAGAUCCACGAGCGAACCCACACUGGAGAGAAACCAUUCGGCUGCACCAUCUGCGGCAGGGCCUUCACCACCAAGGGCAACCUCAAGGUGCACAUGGGGACACACAUGUGGAAUAAUGCCCCUGCCCGCCGUGGCCGCCGCCUCUCAGUGGAGAACCCCAUGGCACUGCUAGGGGGUGAUGCCCUGAAGUUCUCGGAAAUGUUCCAGAAGGAUCUGGCAGCUCGGGCAAUGAACGUCGACCCCAGCUUUUGGAACCAGUAUGCUGCAGCCAUCACAAAUGGGCUGGCUAUGAAGAACAAUGAGAUCUCUGUUAUCCAGAAUGGGGGCAUCCCCCAGCUCCCCGUAAGUCUGGGGGGAAGCGCCAUCCCCCCCUUGGGGACCAUGGCCAGUGGGAUGGACAAAGCACGCACCGGCAACAGCCCACCCCUUGUCAGCUUGGACAAGGCGAGCUCAGACACAGCAGCCAGCCGCCCGUUCACGAGGUUCAUUGAGGAUAACAAGGAGAUCGGCAUCAACUAGCCGAACACACCAUGACUUGACCACCUGUUCUAUCCGGUGUCAGUGGUUCUGAAGUUUGAGCAUCAGGCUUCUGACCCUUCUUGCCUAGAUUCCCACUAAAAUUUUACCUACAGCAGAAAAUAUUUCUGCCUUGUGGCUGCUGAAAAGUCACUCCCCUCAACAGUGGGUUCGACUGUCCCUGAGAACCCUGCAACCUUUUAAAUAUAUCUCAGUCGAAAGAAAUGCUGGAAAACUGCCUUAGGAACAGAAAGGGCUCAGACCCAUCUACUCUGCUUCUCCUACAGCUGAGUGACCCCUGCAAGGAGAGAGGGUGUCCCCUGCAGUACCCGCUUGCUCAGCGGCUUUGUUCGCACCAUUUAGAAAACUUGAACUCUGCUUUUAAUUAAUAGAACUCUUCAUCUUAACAAAGUGGUUUAGUCCUCCCAAUGCUGUGUAUUAUGACAGUAUCUUUGUCUGUAGUAUUUAUAAUGUUAAGAUUAUGCGGGUAACAGACACUAUAAGACCCCAAACUUAAAUGAAGCUUUUGUACUGCAGAAUACAUCUGGCUAUGUGAUUUUUUUUUUUUUUAAAGCAAGUUUGUUUUACUAUAAAUAAGUGGAUUAUUUCAAUGCAGGCAGAAUUGUGAAGUUUAUUGGGAAAGAUAGCAUGCUUUUUGUGUGCAAAUACCUGUCAGUAAAAAGCUCUUUUUUUUUUUUUAAUUUAAAUGUUUAUAGCUGCUAUGUGGACAGUUGUUUCUAGUGUGGUCUGUAGCCCAAUGAUUGGGAGACAAGUUACAGACAAACAUCAACUUAAAUUAUUCACAACAUUAUAAACAGUUGUGAGAAAAUAUUUCACAUUAUCAAAGCUGUACAAUAAAAAGGUAAUGUUUGUAUACUGUGGUUGCAAACUCUUAAUUUAUAAUAUUGCACUUUUAGUAUUUUGUAUUAGGGAGGUUUGUCUAUAAUUUGAAAAUUUAAAAAAUGUAAAGUAUUUUAUAAAUACUUCUUCAGUUUAAGGAAAAUGAAAAAAACACUUAGUUUCUUGUUUUGUCUUAAGGUCAGACAAUAUGAGAAAUCUAUGCUACUUAAACAGGAAAGCCACCAAGACUUGUCAGCUCCUCUGUAAAGUAGGGCCUGCCAUUUCUUAAAUUAAAUGAUUUAUUUAACUUUUCUAUAAAGUCCAUUUAAAAACUGUGACCACCUCUAAUAAAACUUGGAUGAAUCAACCUUAGGACUGUGGCGUCACCACGAGCCAGGAGAGAAGCAAGGCACGUGGCCCAGGUGAGACUUGAGCAUGAGCUGUUCUCUUUCUCACACACCACUCACAGGAUUCAGACUGCUCGUGGCUCUGGCCAUUUAGUACAAUAAAUCAGAUCACAGGUGUCUGGCAGUACAUAACUUUGAAAUUUUCUGAGUUCCUGAUUUAUUAUCUUCUCAGAUGAAAGCUAAGCACAAUGUCCUCUGAUUAUUCAGAAUACAAUCUUCUGCUGACGCCUGUGUCACGGUCAUGCCUCGUGGGGAGAACAGCCAGAGCUGGCUGUGACUCGAGCCUGGGUACAGUGUUUGUGUGUACUACCUCAUUUUCGUGCAUUGCAGGCCUGCUGGAAUCUGACACUAUGAACUUCCCACAGCAAGAUCGUUCUGGAGACACUGGGCAGCUGGGUAGCAGUGCGAGGAGCAUGUGUCCCCCAAGAAAGAAUCAGAUGAUGAAAUCUCGGUUGAGACAGAAACACAACCACAGCAACAACAGAAAUCAUUGUAAGAGGAUGGGCUAUUUCUGCCAGCGUGUCAUUAACAAAAAGAGUUUCAAAGACGCAUUAGCUGUUUAUGUCUAUUGGAAAUAAACGUUGAACUCUACAACUGUUGUCCACAGUGAUGUACUGUGACUGCCCCCUGUCACACCAUCGCUUCUUGUGGGACGACUGAACAGGGGUUUCAAACAUUGGAAAAAGAAAACUGAGGUGGCUUCAUGUUGCUGUGUUCCAGCAGUUCAGUGUUUUUAUUUACCUGUGUCUUUUCUGGGGUGUUUUUUUUUGUUGUUGUUAGUAUUUGGUACCAUGUAGUAUUCUCCUUCUCCCAAAAGGAUGUGUAUAUAACUUAAGAAAAGAAAAAUGUAAAGUGCUGUAAAUAAGAUGGCUGAUGGAGGUACGGUGAGACGGACCCACCCUGUGUUCAGGGCCAUGUCGUCCCUCUCUGCAUGGUGAAGAGAGACACUAUUUUUAUAUUAUAACACCAUGUAGGGCUCGGGGCCUCCCUGAACCAGCUGGGAAUUGUUACCUAGAUCCAAUAUUUUUUAUUAUUAAAUCUUGUGGCUUGACACAUCUACUGAUUGAAAUGGAUGUCUUAGUCUAGGUUACUAUUUUUGUCAUAUGGAAUUGAAUAAAAUGCGGGAUGUGAUAUUA